UAAAAAUGAGAAGACUCUCUUCGAUUUCUUCUCUUAUCUCUCUAGGGUUGGCUCGUCGAACCUCCAAUUUUCGAAUCAAUGUGAUUAGAUCCUUAUGUGAUCGCUCCCAUCUCUCUCCCUCCAACCGUCGAGGUAGCAAGGUUCCACAGAAUUCGAAAAAAGAACCGAGCUCUGGUAUCGGGUUGACAAGUAGAAGGAACAACGAUGAUGUCCAGAUGGAGAGGAAGCCUUACCAGCCUUUUUUAGACUUUGCAAAACAUUCUUUAUGGUUAUUAGUGAGCUAGAAUCUGACCGCUUACGCAUUAUAGGAGUCUUGUUGAGCAAAGGAAGCUACAACAUGAUCCUAACCAGGAAAGGGUUGCCUUGGAACUUGAAAAUUUGCUAGGGAGGUUGGAUCAAUAUGAGAAAGAUAUGGAGGAAUACCAUGUUAACUUAGCUAAGUGGGAGAAGAGCAGAGAAAAUGAGCGGCGCCGGCUUUUGAUGGAGGAAGCUGAGGCCAAACAGCAAGGAGGUAUAUUGACAUCAGUAAACAUGCAUCGAAAUCGAUUUGUUGAAAGGUGGCUGUCACGCCGAAAACCUGAGAAUGUAGAAGAAGGAGUUGGGAAAUGGGUUUCUUAUCUUAAUCGAGAGAAGACGUUGGAUUCAGUGGUUGGUCGCCGUCCAAUUGCUCCACCAGCUCCAAAAGGAUUAUAUCUUUACGGAAAUGUUGGAAGUGGGAAGACAAUGCUUAUGGACAUGUUUUAUAGUGCCACUGAAGGAAUUGUUAAGCAUCGGAGAAGGUUUCACUUUCAUGAGGCCAUGCUUGAAAUAAAUGAACAUAUGCAUAAGAUAUGGAAGAAUCAAGUGGAAGAUAAGUCUUCGCAAUCGGGCAUUUCUAGUUGGAUAAUGAAUCUUCCAUUCGAUACAAAAGUUAAAGAAUGGGUAGCUGCAGAAGAAAGAUAUAAGCAAGAGGUGCAGAUGAAAAACAUUCUUCCAGCCGUAGCAGAUAAGUUUCUUAUCGACCGGCCAGCAGAACAAAGAGGAGCUAGCAUUCUAUGCUUUGAUGAAAUACAGACUGUUGAUGUGUUUGCUAUUGUGGCCUUAUCUGGAAUUCUAAGCAGAUUGUUAAGCACCGGAACUGUGCUUGUUUCCACCAGUAAUCGAGCACCAGGGGACUUAAAUCAGGAUGGUAUGCAGCGGGAGAUCUUCCUAAAGUUGGUUGCCAAAUUAGAUGAGCACUGUGAGAAUGUUCUGAUUGGAAGUGAAAUUGAUUAUCGCCGCCUUAUAGCACAGAGGUCUAUAGACCAGGUUCACUACUUCUGUCCUCUGGAUAGCAUUGCAGUUAAGGAAUUUGAGAAUAUGUGGGAUGAGGUUACGAAACAAUCUGGAGGAAAGGUCACCUCUACUAAUAUACCAGUGAUGUUUGGGAGAGCACUGGAGGUUCCUGAAAGCUGUAAUGGGGCGGCACGGUUCACAUUUGAAUAUUUAUGUGGUCGACCGGUUGGGGCAGCAGAUUAUAUUGCAGUUGCUAAAAAUUAUCACACAGUUUUUAUCUCCAACAUUCCUGUGAUGAGUAUGCGUAUUGGGGAUAAGGCACGGAGGUUUAUCACCCUCAUUGAUGAAUUAUACAAUCAUCAUUGUUGCCUAUUUUGUUCUGCUGCUGCUUCUAUUGAUGAUCUAUUUCAGGGAACUGAAGAGGGAACACUUUUUGAUUUGGAGAGUUUCCAAUUCGAAACAGAGACAGAAGGUGCAAAACUUCGGCGAGACGUUUUAUCAGAAGGCAAAGUGAGUUCAGCAGGUGCGCCUGCUGGUAUUAUUUCCCUGCUAUCUGGUCAAGAAGCGAUGUUUGCAUUCCGUCGAGCUGUCUCCCGCUUGAUAGAAAUGCAAACACCUUUAUACCUUGAAGGAGUCCGCAAUCUUCAUCCAUAUUUCCAAAAACAGCGCCAAGGAUCUGAGAACGGUGGUGCAAGAAUUCGACAAUCUCAACAAUCAUUCUGAGCAGUAAAAAUUUGCGUAUAGUAUGCCGUUUUACAUAUUUCUGAUGCUCAUUCAUUAUCUCUUGUAUUCGUCUUAUUACUUUGUUUUGUAGUCUUCUCUGUAUGUUAUCUUUAACUAUUGGAAAAUCUACAUUAAUAAAAAGAAUGAUUCUUUUUAGGUUC